AUGCGGGUGAAGAUGAGCGAUGUGAGACCUGUGCACGAAAAGCUGAAAGCUGGGCAGGAUAUCUUGGGAACUAAACCGCAUCAGAAGCUAGAGAGCAAGGUCUUGGCAGAACACGACGUUUACGGCGAUAUCGUCCAGGGAGACUUUGUGGACAGCUACAGGAACCUAAUCUACAAGACAGUGAUGCCGAUCCGCUGA